AUGGAGACGCCGAGAUCCGUCGGCGAAGCGUCGACGACUAAUUUCGUGGCGGAAAGACCAUCGGAGACGACGACUGAUGAUGCGGUGAAGAUGAGAGGUUGCGGCGGUUUAGGUAACAUUUCGUGGGUCGGUGUAGACAGAGAAGAGCUUCGUAAGAGAUUAGCGAUGCCUGAGUAUCUUCGAUUAGCUAUGAGAGAUUGCAUCAAGCGGAGAGAUUCGACGGCGAUUCCUGAUCAUUUGCUACUUCCUGGAGAUGUGGCUCCUGAUGCACCGAUGGUUGUUUUCAUUAACCCGAAAAGUGGAGGUCGUCAUGGUCCUGUUCUUAAAGAGAGGCUUCAACAAUUGAUGACCCAAGAACAGGUAUUUGAUCUCACAGAAGUGAAUCCCCAUGAAUUUGUACGGUACGGCUUGGCGUGUUUGGAGACAGCUGCAGCGAGAGGAGAUGAGUGUGCAAGAGAAUGCAGAGAAAGGAUACGGAUUAUGGUGGCAGGUGGUGAUGGUACAGUUGGUUGGGUUCUUGGAUGUCUCGGUGAGCUUCACAAAGACGGUAAAACAUAUAUUCCUCCCGUUGGAGUUAUCCCACUCGGUACAGGAAAUGACCUCUCCAGGAGUUUUAGUUGGGGUGGUUCAUUCCCUUUUGCUUGGAGAUCUGCUAUGAAAAGAACAUUACAUCGAGCAACUAUGGGCUCUGUUGCUCGAUUAGAUAGUUGGAAGAUUGUUGUGUCGAUGCCAUCAGGAGAAGUCGUAGAUCCUCCUUAUUCUUUGAAGCCUACAGAGGAAACUGCACUUGAUCAGACUUUGGAUGCUGAAGGUGAUGUACCUCUGAAAGCAAAGUCCUACGAAGGAGUGUUCUACAACUACUUUAGCAUAGGUAUGGAUGCUCAAGUUGCAUAUGGAUUCCACCAUCUUCGCAAUGAGAAACCGUAUCUAGCUCGAGGCCCCGUUUCAAAUAAGAUUAUUUAUUCAAGUUACAGUUGUACUCAGGGUUGGUUUUGUACGCCUUGUGUCAGCAAUCCAGGUUUAAGGGGACUAAGAAACAUAAUGAAAAUCCACAUUAAAAAGGUGAAUUGCUCCGAAUGGGAAGAGAUCCCGAUCCCUAAAAGCGUGAGAUCGAUUGUGGCAUUGAAUCUUGAUAACUAUGGUAGUGGAAGACAUCCAUGGGGUAAUCUCAAACCGAACUAUCUAGAAAAGAGAGGGUUUGUGGAGGCGCAUUGUGAUGACGGGCUGAUAGAGCUUUUCGGUUUGAAGCAAGGUUGGCAUGCGUCAUUUGUAAUGGCUGAAAUAAUCUCGGCUAAACACAUUGCUCAGGCGGCUGCGGUUAGAUUUGAACUACGAGGAGGUGAUUGGAAAGAUGCAUUCUUGCAAAUGGAUGGUGAGCCAUGGAAACAACCGAUGAAGACCCAUUUUUCGACUUUCGUGGAGAUCAAAAAGGUUCCUUUUCAAUCGUUAAUGAUCAACGGUGAAUGA